AUGGCGACUAUGGCUCAGACAACGGUGCAGGGGAAUGGGGAGGUGGCGGGGACACUGCACAACACUGGGAAUGGGAUGGCGCAAGAAAUUGGAAGCAGUAAUGGAGCGACGCAGUCAAACGGGAAGAGGAGGAAACUACAUGGGCGCGCAUUCUAUGAGAGUAUCGGCAGUCCGAAGCUCAUCCUUGCGCCCAUGGUCGAACAGUCUGAGUUCGCAUGGCGACUACUAUCGCGCUCGUUCCUCCCCGAAUCUCAGCAAAAAGACCUCCUAGCAUACACCCCAAUGUUCCACUCGAAGAUGUUCGGCGAGAAGAGCAACUACCGCGACGCCCACUUCCAACCCCUCAAAUCGACCAUCCCUUCACCCAGCGACGAAUACCACCUCUCACAACUGCCUGAAUCGGAGAGACAUCUCGACGGCAACCCCGCGUUCGACAGACCCCUCACCGUACAAUUCUGCUCGAACGAUCCCGAAGACUUUCUGCGCGCGGCGAAACACGUUGCGCCCUUUUGCGAUGCGGUGGAUCUGAAUCUGGGAUGUCCACAAGGAAUCGCGAAGAGAGGGAAAUACGGCGCAUUCCUGCAGGAAGACUGGGAUCUGAUAUCAAGGAUGAUACGCAAACUGCACGAGGAGCUAGACGUCCCAGUCACAGCGAAGAUGCGUGUCCUCGAGACACCGGAAAAGACACUGGCAUACGCAAAGACCCUAUUAGACGCCGGCGCAAGCAUCAUCACAGUCCACGGCCGACGCCGAGAACAAAAAGGCCACAACACCGGCCUCGCAGAUUGGAAAAUGAUCCGCCACUUACGGGAAAACCUUCCCAAGGAAACCGUCAUAUUCGCCAACGGCAACAUCCUCCAACACGAAGACAUCGCCGCGUGUCUAGAAGCCACAGGCGCAGACGGCGUCAUGAGCGCAGAAGGAAACCUCUACGACCCCACCAUUUUCGCCGCUCCACCGCCGCCCGGCCAGGAAGGACGAGAGUACUGGCGCGGACGUGAUGGUAAGGGUGGGUAUAGGAUGGACGCUGUGAUGAGACGGUACAUGGACAUCAUCCACAAAUACGCACUCGGUCAGGAACCACCACAACGGAAGCCCCUCUGGAUGUCUGGAGAUGUCGAUACCGAAGACCCAUCAAAACAACCGCAAGAAACAGCCCACUCCAACACCAACACGAACACGGACGCAGCAGAAAACGGCAAACGCCCCGCCGACCAAGGCGAAAGCCCGCCAAAGAAGAAACAAAAACCGUUGUCUAAAGCCGCAAAGAAGAAGGAAGCUAGUAACCCCAACCUCACAGCCAUGCAAGCCCAUCUCUUUCACCUACUGCGUCCACUGGUUUCUCAACACCACAAUGUGCGAGACGCGCUUGCCCGAUCACGGACGGGCGAUAUCGAUGCGUUUGAGAAUGUGUUGAGGCUUGUUGAAGAGGCGGUUAGGGAGGGGAUUAUGGGGUAUGAGGAGGAGUGUGGUAAUGGUGCUGCCGAACCGACCUCCACGACGACAGGGACAGCGACAGUGAAUGAAGAAGAAGAAGAGAAGGGGGCGAAAGAGGUGGAGUUAGACCCGUAUGAGAGUUCUCUCGCAACCGUCGCGAGGGUUAAGAGGCCGUAUUGGGUGUGUCAGCCGUAUGUUAGACCACUGCCGAAAGAGGCGUUGGAGAAGGGGAGUAUGACUGUUAGUAAGAAGGAGAGGAAGAGGGCGGAGGAGGAGGCUGAGAGGAAGAAGAAAGAGGAGGAGGAAGUUAGAAGUGUGGGACUGGUGCCUGGGGGACGGGUUGAGCAGAGGGUUUUGGGUGGGGAGGAUGCGGAAGAGGGAGGGAAAGGGGGGAACGAGGUUGUUGAGGAGCCGAGGGAUGGUAUGGUCUGCGGAUGA